AUGUCAGACCUAGCCUCCAAACUUGACACACUGUACCAGGACCUCACCACACUUAAUGCACAUAUUUCCUACACAGAUUGCAUGCAACAACAUAUCACAACAGUGGGAUGGCAUCCAAGUACCUCACCACCAGACUUUAGGGCACAACAAGCAGCCACCAGAAUCCCCUACCUGGUGGGAAAGGAUGGCGGCAAGAUCAUGAAUUCCAUCGAUAUAGUCCAAGAAUUUGCUAAUUUUUAUUAAAAAACUCUACAAUCUUAGCAUUGGUGAGGGGGUCACAGUCCCUGAAGUAAACUCCAUUCAAAGUUAUUUAAACCAGAUUAUCCUCCCAAAAUAGGCCAGGUCCAUGCAGACGCCUUGCUUCAACCAAUCACACUACAAGAAGUUCUUCCAGGGGCCGACGGUUUACCUAACGUAUACUAUAAGAAAUUUAAGGACAUCCCAGCCCCCCAUCUGCUAAAGGUGUACCAGCGGGCAUCAGAGGAAGGCUCCCUCCCCACGGAAAUGCUAUUGGCUACAAUUGUAACGUUACCCAAAACAGAUAAACCCACUGACAGUUGUAAAAACUUUCGCCCCAUCUACCGAUUGAACACUGUUGCAAAAUUCCUGGCCAUGUACUCAAGUCCCACAGCACAG